AUCUUUGUGAAUAGAAGUUUAAUGUUAGAAAGAGUGAAAUUUUAUGGUUUUGAUAUGGACUAUACAUUAGCAGUUUAUAAAUCACCAGAGUAUGAAACAUUAGGAUUUGACCUGUUAAAACAGCAGAUGGUGAAGAUAGGAUAUCCUGAUGCUAUUGCUGAGUUUGAGUAUGAUCCAACUUUCCCUAUAAGAGGUUUAUGGUUUGACAGUUUAUAUGGUAAUUUGUUAAAGGUAGAUGCCUUUGGUAACAUUUUGGUUUGUGUUCAUGGUUUUCAAUUUCUUAGAGGACAUGAAAUCCAUAAUUUUUAUGCCAAUAAAUUUGUACAAAUGGAUGAGAAAAGAUUUAGAAUUUUUAAUACUUUAUAUGAAUUACCUGUGUUAUAUAUUUUGGCAUGUUUGGUUGAUUUCUUCUCCAAUGUUCCUGAUUACACUAGUACAAAAACUGGUGUAAAAUUCAGUGAUGUAACCAUGACUUACAAAUCUAUUUAUCAAGAUGUGUUAGAUGCUACAGGAGUAGUCCAUGACAAGGAGGGUCCACUGAAGCAAGAAACAAUAAAAAAUGUAGAUAAAUAUGUUUUAAAAGAUGACAGAUUACCAAUUCUAUUAGACAGAAUCAGGGAUUCUGGUGCCAAAGUAUUUCUUGCAACAAAUAGUGAUUAUACUUAUUCCAAUAAAAUUAUGACAUAUUUAUUUGAUUAUCCAGCAGAAAAGUAUGGUGGAACCAAAAGAGAGUGGACCUCCUUUUUUGAUUAUGUUGUUGUUGAUGCCAAGAAACCAUUAUUUUUUGGAGAAGGGACAAUCCUAAGACAGGUGGACAAGAAAACUGGUAAAUUGAAACUAGGGACACAUACAGGACCAAUCAGUACUGAACAUAUCUAUUCUGGAGGUUGUGUGGAUGUUUUCUCUGAAUUAAUGAAAACCUACGGUAGUGAAGUAUUGUAUGUUGGUGAUCAUAUUUUCGGUGAUAUAUUAAAAUCUAAGAAAGCUCGAGGAUGGAGAACCUUUCUGUGUGUUCCUGAAAUCUCACAAGAAUUAAUGGUGUGGACAGAAAAAAGAUCUCUGUUUUCUAAAUUGGAGAAAUUAGAUUGUAAGAUAGGGGAAAUGUACAAAAAUUUAGACAGUAGUUGUGAAAGUAAACCUGCUGAUAUUGGUAAAAUACAUAAAUCUAUCAGGAAAGUAACACAUGAGAUGGAUAUGUCUUAUGGUAUUUUAGGCAGCUUAUUUAGAAGUGGUUCUCGUCAGACAUUUUUUGCAAGUCAGGUGAUGAGAUAUGCUGAUUUAUAUGCCUCUACUUUCUUCAAUUUUAUACAUUACCCAUUUUCCUAUGUAUUUAGAGCUCCCCCUAUGCUGAUGUCACAUGAAUCAACUGUUGAACAUGAUGCUACCAUUGAUCCCACAGAUAGUAUCAGCCAAAUGUCCAUUGCUCCCAGAUCAAGAACAGAUGAAGAAACUAUAGGGAAACGAAAUCCAUUGAUUCGUAGUGACAGUAUUGUACCUAGAGCUUAUGCACCAACACCUCGACAAUUUACUCAGGUUCAGGAAGAAUCAGAAGAUGAAGAUGGGAAAGAAGCUGAGGAUGGUGAUGAAGAUGAUGAUGAUGAUGAUGAUGAUCAAAAACUUUAAAGAUUUGAUCAACAUUAUUCCUUAUUUCUUUUAACAGGGACACAGUCCUCCAAAUCUCUAUCACUAUUCACAAUUGAAAUCAAAAUUUGCAAUUCAACAAAACAUUUCAUGAUCUUUAGGAUAUUACUAUAUGUCAUCAUGCCACCCAUUGUAGUUUUUAAUGAAUUGUAAGAAAACCAGAUGAUUCAAUUUGUGCUGAAAACUUCUAUACAAAAAUUAUGCAUUCUUUGAAUGGCUCUCAUUGUCUUCUUAAUUUAUUCACAAGAAUUUUUGAUCUUUUUUUUUUUCUUUAAUGUUCAUAUGCGAAAACAGACUACCUUCAGGUCCAAAAAACUAUUCAGAAUGGCAAAGUUUUGAGAAAAUCAAAUGCCUAUGUCUUUUUCAUUUUCCUACUGGUGUAAAUGCAGACCUAUGUUUUUGUUUUGUUUCCUAGUAAUGCUAUAAAUGAUCUCACUUGCAAUCCAUGACAUGAAAAAUUCAUAUCAGCAUGAGUUCAAUUCAUUAAAGUACUCAACCUAUCAAAUGCUUUUAUAAAUACAAGAUUAUCUACAAAAUGUGAU